CAAGCAUCGAACAAGAGAAUAUUGUAGUUGAUUGUUUGAAAAAAAAAGUAAUUAUUUGUUAUCAAGUUUAAAAGAAGGAAUCAGUUUCUUUCAAAAUAUGAAUUACAUAACCAGUGUGGGAAAGGAAAGCAUUGAGGAUAAAGGAAAACAGGUAAAAAAGGAGGUGAAACGCCCAGAAAUGCAGAUCUACAGGCCUGGUAUGGGACUUCGUGGAAAACAUGGAAACAAAAAUGGUGAGAAUAGAACCAGCAGCCCAGUUGAUGGAGGGUCCUCAAGUGGUUCAAGAUAUGUCUCUACGCCAAGUCCAACCUCUUGUAUUGAUGAUAAAGGUCAGUCUGGACAACUGGAAAGAAGAGUAACAGAUUUAAGUUUGCAUGAUUCUAUUGCAUCAAAAAAGCAUACUCCUGAAGAUGUGGAUUCAAAAAAAGGAAGGUCAAGACGUCCUGAUCAACAGGUCUAUGUUCCAAGGGCAAGAGUUGCAGCUUUACAAGAAGGAGGUGAGAAGGUUAAAGAAAAGGAAGUUGUAACAAAUAUGGAAAAUAAAACACAGAAAAAAGAAAGUUUUCUUAAAGGAUCAGAUAUAAAAAUGUCUGACAUGGAGAAAGUAAGACAAAGUAAAUCUCCAACUCAGCGACAUUCCCUAAAACAGGGACACAGACGUGGUAGAACUAUUAGUGGCAGCAGUUUGAAAGAUAGCUCUUCAGACUAUUUGUUACCUAGCAAAAGUUUGCAGAAACAUACAAAAGAGGACUAUAGCUUAGAAAACUGGGAAAAUGAAUCAAUUGUUGAAGAGAGACACGUGAAUGUCAGUUUGUCAAAACCACCAACAGGAAUUCAAAAAGUAACCAAUGGAGAUACAAGAUCUUCAAGUCAAAAACAGCCAAAAGAACCACCAGAUAAGAAUUUUCUAUAUCAUUCUGGUGUUGAAAACAAAGGGGAAAGUUACAAUGAUGAUAAAAAGUUCCAGAGAAGUUUGAAAAACCAUCACAGAAGAUAUAGUGGAAGUUCUCAGAAAUUAGUGAAGUCACCUGAGCGUGCUCAGUUUAAAAACAGAAAGUCUCCGGAAAGACUGAAACACAUUAGUUCUGGUGGCAGGGCAUCUGCAUUGAGUGUUCAAGAAAUUGAAUUAGAAGAUUGGGAUGCUGAAUCGAUUCCUCUAGAAAAAAUAAUUGCUCCCACGAGGGCAUAUAGCCAAGAAGAUAUUCGUCACACUAGUGACUUGGACAAGGCACAUGACUUUCACCAUAUACAAACUGAAGAACGGACAUCUAAUCGAGUAGAACCUCUAAACUCAAAAUCAUGUUAUGAUGGAGAAAAUGUUAAAGAAAAAUUAAAUAAUAGCUUAGAUGACGAGUUUUGCUAUAGUGAGAACUGGAGUGAAGCAGUAGAGGAAUAUCACAGAAUUCAUGAUAAAGAUCAGUCAAAGCACAAAAUUCAGAUAGUAGGAAUCAUAAAUCAGGAAGGUAACUUUAAGAAAGAGAUAGUGUCAAGAAAUGAACUGAAUACUCAUCAUCAUACGCCUGGAGAUGAAAGUAAUAGACAGAGCAGGAAGCAUCAUCAUCAUCACCGUACUCGUGAAAUUACAAGUAGUCAUAUAAAAGAGGAGAAAAGAUUACAUCAUGACAGUGAUUUUCUGUCCAAUCUUCCACCGCGUUUUCAGAAGAUGAGGGAGGCUUCAAAACAGAGAACUCAUUAUACUGAUAAUCAUGAAGUCAGGGGUGGUGGGAUCAUUAAACUUCCAAAUUCACCCCCUUCUCCUCCUUCUAUGCCUUCUCCGUAUCCUUGCACUUUGGAAAAUCAUCCUAGUGAUGGUGAACCUACUCCAGUUGUCCAGAAACACCUUUUUAAUCCAAACAAUCCUAAUAAACCUGUGAUUGUCAUCAAACCCCAGCCACAGGCUAUCCCAUUUGUUGGUGUGAUGGAAAACUUGAUGGACCCUGUGCCACAAACAGUACCAUUUUCAAAUGUACCUUUUCCUACCCCAUUCUGUCAAGUCAGUUCUUCGGCACAACAUCUUCCUUUAGUACAUCAUCCUCCAGGCCCCUAUGGAUUUACAGCCAUGAAUACUUAUCCACAAGCUUCGUCACCAGCUGGGUUUCCAGCAAUAGUGGAACAGUCUUUCAUGCAAGAUAGUCAUAGAAGAUUAAAACCUUUAGUGGAGAAAAAUCUUCAAGAUGCUGCUCUAUUAGAAAGGGAACUGGCAUCAUACAUGGCUAGAGGAUUGGAAAAUGUUGAUUUCAAGUUACUUGGACAGUGCCGUUGGAAACUUCAGUUGCGGUACGAAAAUAUAAUUCUGGCAGAUCCAAGGUAUUGUGCUGAAACUAACAUUGAGCAGUUGCUAUGGAAACAUGCCUUCCACCAAGUGAUUGAAGGGUUGCGUAAACAAAUGGAGGAACAACAGGAAACUAGAGAAGAAACAAAAAAGACUCUGAUUAGUCUCGUCGAUGAGGGUACAGUAUUUUAUGAAAACUUGUUGGAGAAGCAACAAGAAACAUUUGGUUUUAAUCUUAACCAACUUAUGGAAUCAGAGGAUGUAAAGAAUGGACACGGUCUUCAUGCUGCAAAUAAUGUAAUCCUGAUUAGCGUACAGAAAUUACUGAUCUAUCUUGGUGAUCUUGCACGUUACAGAGACCAGGCUACAGGUGCCAACAACUAUGGAAAAGCACGGAGCUGGUAUCUAAAAGCUCAGCAGAUAUUCCCCAAAAAUGGCCGUCCAUACAACCAGCUGGCUAUUUUAGCCCUCUACACGCGAAGGAAAUUAGAUGCAGUUUAUUUUUACAUGAGAAGCUUGGCUGCCAGUAACCCAUUCUUGAGUGCUAGGGAGAGUUUAUUAUCUUUGUUUGACGAAGCCAGGAAAAAGUUUGAGCACAUGGAUAAAAAGCAGGAAGAAGAGCGACUCACGAGGAGGCAACUGAAAGAAAGAGGGAAAAAUGAGGACGGUCUUAUUGAGGAGCGAUGUGAAAUAUGGAUUCGUUCAGAUGGAUCAAGUUCCCAGAGAUCCAACAAGACAGAAGAGGAAGAAGAAAAGGAUGAAUUGGGCAAAAUGUCAACUGUAGAUCUGAACAAGAGGUUUGUUUUGAGCUUCCUUCAUGUCCACGGGAAACUGUUCACUAAAGUUGGGAUGGAAACGUUCACUGAGACCACCAGCUUAAUGCUGAGAGAAUUCAGAGCUUUAUUACAUCGAACCCCAGCCCCCGUCAGUUCCACCCGUCUCAUCCAGUUACUAGCUAUUAACAUGUUCGCUGUGCAGACCACCUCCCUUAAAGACCAUUCUCUAGGACCACAAUGUCGAUCCUUAUUGCAAGAGCAAGCCUUACAAGUCAUGCUGGCCAUGGCUACCUUGUUAAUGGAAAGAGGAGUGAUGGGCUUACGAGAACAUAUGGACUCCUCGGAAUACCCAGAUCAAAUUGUUAGUGAGGACAUUGCACCACUUCUGCCUGCGAUAAAGGUGUGGGCAGACUGGAUGAGUUGUCAUAAGCAUCUUUGGAUGCCUCCUCCAGCAGCCACAGAUUUCAGAAUGGGGUGCAAGGGUGAUGUAUGGACUAAACUUGCUGAUCUCAUGACUGUCUUUGAACAGAUGGACCUUGAUGUUAAUGUAGUUAAAGAUAAUGACAGGUUUGAAGGUCACCAGUAUGAAAAGAUCAGUGUUCCAGAAGAUGGCCUUUUGUGUGGUUUUGUUCCUUUGCUGGAAGCUCCAAGGGAUACGUGGUAUGCUGAACGUCCAUUUGAUAAGGAUCGAGCGAUGCACUGCAUGAGAAUCAACUGUAUCAAGUAUUUUGGAGAGUACCUUUGCGGCAUCUCUACGCCCUACCUGGAGUUUGAUGUUGGAACUCGAUAUUUUAGUUCUCUCGUUACAGCUUCUUCUGAAGAAAACACGGAAACUGGUAACGACCAGACGUGCGAAUCUUCGGAUGAUGACGUUGUAAUAGAAGGUGGCUUUGAUGAGUGGGCUGCAGGUACUGAAGGAGGUAGCAGCAUUCCAAACAGUCAGCAGGAAACGGAGAUCCAACAGCUGUGGUCUCGGAAGGAGGAGCUUAAAAAGAAGAAAGCAAGACAAGAUAGACAUCAUGCUCAAGUCCAAGCUGUGCUGCAAGAAACCCAACAGAAACGUCCUACGGUGGUGGAAAUCCGUCCUCGUUAUCUUAUCCCAGACACCAAUUGUUUCAUCAACCACCUGGAACAUAUUCGCAAGGUGGCAAAAAUGUCACAGUUUAUUUUGGUUGUCCCUCUUGUGGUAAUUAACGAACUGGAUGGAUUGAGUCGAGGGUUAAGGGAAUCUCCUAACCAGACAGAAGAAAAUACCCGAAUGGUUGGUAGGAUGGCUUAUGAUGCUAUCAUGUUCCUGGAGUCCAGCUUUGCUGCACGUGAUCAACACUUACGAGCUGUGACGUCAAAAGGAUCGGUUCUUGACACUAUUAGUUUCCGCAGUGAAGACACAAGCAACAACAAAUGUACUAAUGAUGACCUUAUUCUCUCCUGUUGUCUUCACUAUUGCCAAGAUAGAGCAGAAAAUUAUAUGCCAAAAGACUCGGAUGCACCACUCCGACUUUACAGAGAAAUUGUGUUACUUACUGAAGAUAGAAACUUGCGAGUAAAAGCGUUAACCCACAAUGUUCCAGUCCAGGAUCUACCAGCUUUCCUUUCCUGGGCAAACAUCAGAUGAAAAAAAUAAAAUAAAGUGCCGACAAAGCCCCACUUUCUAUCUGUUCACACUGGGCCAGCGGUUCUUCAGCCAGUGUAGGUGAAGCAGCUGGCUGUACUUGGUCUCUUCGAUGUUCCCAUCACUCCAAGCACCGAUAUUGUCUAGAGGUGUCAUGUUGUGGGUGAUCCAUCUUAUCUGUGUAGCAUAGCCGCCAAUCAGCAGUUACUGCAAUAUGAUCCUAUAACGGAAGGGUUUCAUGUGGUUUUAAAGUUUUGUGCUUAUCAUGUUCUAGACACUUAGACUUUGAAGAAAAACUCUUCAUUCAUAAACUUUAAUGAUUUUAAUACUUUUUUUUUUUUUUUACUUUUGUGGGAUUCCAACGGUGAUGGUGAACUAACUUACUGACAAUUGUCCUCAAAUAUACCAACUUUUUAUAACAGAACAAGGUGAGUCACGGUCGUGUAAGGCAACACUCUUGAACAGACACGAUUAGACUUUACCAAACCAGCCAUCUGAAUAAAUAAUACAGAUUAUUUCAUGGAGCCGAGUAAUUGUGUGCCUAUUUCUGUGACACUGAAGUUCAAACUUGAAUUACCACUUCCCAGCUCAUCAGUUAAAACUCUGUAUACUCGAAUAUGCCUGGAUAUCAGUAUGUUCACAAAGGACAGGUAUUGUAAUGAUGGAGCUUGAUUAAUGACCACUAUCAGAACUUGGUCAUAAUGUUGUCUUUACUUAAUUAGUUUAAACUUGUGUUUUUGAUUUUUCGAGUGUUUCUUAGCUUACGAACUGAUCCGGCUGAAAAUAUGUACAACACUACAACCGAGGGCAUAAGAAUUUAACAUAUGUUUUGUUUUUGUGUUGUUAAACGCGAUAUUUGCAGAUUGUGGUAAUCUAUGAAUAUUGAGUACUUAAGUAUGUGAAUAAAUAAAUUGUUCAGUGACCUUCAA